GCGUGUUCAUGUGGCGGACAACAACAUCCAUACUGCAGGAUUGAAAUGUUUGUCCUUUUAGCCUGUCAUAAUGCGGCCUUUGUUGUUUGUGAACAUAUAGUGAGUUGAAACUGUUUUUUCUUGACAGCUAAGUAAGUUGAUAUGCUAUGAAGCUAACACGGAAACAGGUCCUUGCUAAGGCUAAGGCCUCCGACUUGGAAAGCGUAAAGAAAUUGAACUGCUGGGGAUGCAACCUGACUGAUAUUUCUAUCUUCUCUCAAAUGGCCAACAUUGAGGUGCUGACACUCAGUGUCAACAGCAUCUCAUCUCUCUCUCCUCUGGCUGGCUGUCUGUCUCUGUGUGAGCUCUACCUGAGGAGGAACAUGAUUCCCUCUCUCUCUGAGCUUUCUCAUCUGCGCCCAUUGACGCGCCUCCGAGUGCUCUGGUUGGCUGAGAACCCCUGUUGUGGAACUGACUCCCGGCUGUAUCGCCUCACUGUACUUCGCUGCCUGCCCCGCCUGCAGAAGCUUGACAACCAAGUCGUGACAGAGGAUGAGAUUGCACAAGCGCUCAUGGAGGGUGAAGAGGUCACCACCCCCCCUGGUAGUCUCCAGAACCAGCUUUCCACCAAUGGACUUCAAGAUGCAGAGACAGAGAAUGACCCACUUAACUACAACAUGGAGGAGACCAAUAAAAUCAGGGAAAAGUUGGGGAUGAAGCUCCUCUCCAGAGACAAGUUCCCAUCUCUUUCUUCUCCAUCAACCAGAGAAAACAAGCUAUUGAUGAAAAAGACACACACUCUUGAUGCAGUCCUGCUGCUGCUGAGGGAUUUGGAUGAAGAGGAGCUUCGCGUUGUACACACAGCUACCCAGAACAGACUCCACAAUUACACACUGGACUCAGACACACUAAGCGAUUCACUGCAGACACAGAAAACAGCUGACAUCCAACACUGAAAUGUUUCAUAGUAUGCGCUCAGGGCUGAAUCUCUCCUUUCUCUUUCCACAUUUAAUCUUGUUCAUCCAAACACAGGGUCCUAACACACCCCCUUACCUUCUGAUUGCAAUAUGCAUGGCAUGUGAUGUAUUGUCACUGACCUCUCUCUCCCUUUUGUUACACAGUCUUCACAUGUGGAGCAGUAUUUAAUAAAUUCCAUGGCUUUUUCCUUUUUCUUAAGCAGCAUGCCUGCCUUCCUGCCUGCCUUGUAAGAACAAAAGAAUGUAUGUUUUGCUAAACUUAAAUCUAUUUCUGUAAUUAAAGAAGAAGUUGCAAUAC